CAUGAACAGAAAGCUGGGAGUGUAUUGGUGGAAUUUGGGGAUGAGGAUGGGUUCUAUAAUGUGUCUGAGGUACGAAUGUGCUGUGACUGUUAACUGGUUGAGUUCCUUUUGUUGCAUACUUUCUAAUGGAUGUUUGAUGUUUAACAUUAGUGCCAGUCAUUUCUGAUCAGAUUCACAUUGAACUACAAGAGUUGCCAAGACACAGUUUCCCACAAUGCAUUGUUUUGUAGUCAUCAAGGCAGCUUACAGCCAGCGUAGUACUUAAUUUUGAGCAGCGCUCGCCUUGCACCCCCUAAGAUUUGUCUGGCCACCUUAAAAACAUCAUGGAAAUGAAACAUGCAACUGUCAUGCAUGUGGUAAGUGUAUCAUAAAAUAUUUGUAAGGACAAUGUAAGUUACACGCACUCACUACUGUUUACUGUGUGCAAAUGGUUUUAUGCACAAGAAUGCAUGCAUACAUGAGUGCUCUUACAUGUUGUAUAAGUGUUCACCAUGACCUGUUGCCCGCAGCAUGUCUGUAGAAAAUGUGCUUGAACAUUUUCUCUCUACAGGCCCCCCAGAUUUUCUACAAUUUUAACAUUUCCCACGUCCCACCAGUGUGCCCCACACAGAUUUGCCAACAUUUUCCUCCGACAGAAUCCACUCAUGGGACAGUUAUGAUUAAGGCUGUAACUGAGCCCAAGAUAAGAAAACUCCCCUGAAAAGACAUCUGUUGAGAUUCCUCCAUAUUUAUGAUUUGCAGCAGAGCUGCAAUCAGAAUGCUCCGUACAUGUUUAACCUAUCUUAUGGGGUCCACAUGACCCAAGCCGUGUUAUCCACGAACACCAGUGAAAAUCAAAAAUCAUUGACAAAACAAGUUUAGUACACUUUCUUGUGGGGCCCAGAUGACUCCACUCUUAACGUCAACAUAUACACAAGGGUUAAAUACCUUUUAGUUCACUUCUGAUUAACAUGUUUCUGUGUAUUUUGCAGCCCUGUGUGGUCCUUUCUCUUUGGCUAAACACCACUACCUAGUUUUUAAUGAAACGAAGACUUGGACUGAGGCUCAGAGUUUCUGCAGGGAGAAGUAUGCUGAUCUGGCCACAGUGGACAACAUGGAGGACAUGAAUAUCCUGAAAGGCCUGGCAGUUCCAGAGACGGCCUGGAUUGGACUCUACGAUGAUGUGAACAGCUGGAAAUGGUCGAUGUCAGACCCAAACUUCUACAAAAAUGGUGAUGCUAACUUCAGAAACUGGAAAGUGGGAGAACCAAACAAUGACAACGGCCAUGAGUCCUGUACAAUGGUCAACAGUCUUGACAAUGGCAAAUGGAACGAUGUACCCUGUAAUAUCUUAAUAGAACCAAUCUGCUGUAACGUGACAGGACUAAAUGUAACCUUUGUUUACAUCAACAAAUCUAUGAAUUGGUCUGAGGCCCUGAGGUUCUGCAGAGAACAUCACACAGACCUGGUCAGUGUGAGAAACAUGGAAGAGAACCAGAAGAUCAUGAAGCUCAUACCUGCUGGGAAAUCGGUCUGGAUCGGUCUUUAUAGAGACACUUGGAAAUGGGCUGAUGGAAGUAACUCCUCAUUCAGGAACUGGCGAGAUUUUAAACCCAAUAAUAACCUACGCCAAAACGAGAGCUGUGCAGUAACAUAUUUUGGAAAGUCUGGACAGUGGGAUGAUAGGAACUGUGAUAACAAAUACGCAUUCAUUUGUUAUGCUGUCCCCAUGAAAAAGUACCAGCUGAAGCUGAAGCUACAGGGAAACUCAUCUCUUAAUCUGACAGAUCCUGUCGUGUUGGAGGGAAUUCUGAGGGAGCUCAAGCAGAGGCUGAAGGAUCAAGGAGUGGAUGGAGAGCCUAAACUGAGCUGGAAGAAACAGUCAAACGGAAAGAUCUUCAACUAGGAGAAGAAGCAGAACGAAGAGCACAAAGACCAUCUUCACCCCAAGACUGCAAUUCUGUACUCGCUUUAUUCCUUUACAGGCUGUUUGUCAGGCUAGCUGACAGUAAAGUGCUUUAUUUAUUAAAACAGAAACGGUAUAUCCUCAUGAAAAAAAAA